ACUUCCGUCAGGCAAAAUGGCGGCGGCGGCGCUGCUGCGGAGGGCGCUGGGGGCGCUGCGGGCAGGGGCCCGGGGCCGCUCGGCCGGGGCCGGCGGGGCCUUGGCGCUGCCGCCGAGGGUCCCGCUGGGGGCGGACCCCCACGAGGAGGAGCCCAUGGCGGUGGCACAGAGGAAGAACCCUGACUACCAUGGCUUCAGUGAUGAUCCUGCUGCUGACCUGCUGAACAUGAGGGCUGUGUUCUUCACAGGGAUCUCCAUCACCAUCGUGCUGGGCUGUGUCUACCUGCACUACAUGCCUGACUACGGGCUGCGGCAGUGGGCACGGAGGGAGGCAGAGCUGCAGGUGUGUGCCAGGGAGCGCCAGGGGCUGCCCCUCCUGACCUCCAACUACUACGACCCUGCCCGCCUGGCACUGCCCCCCGAGGACUGAGACCUCCUCCCCCAACCCCUCCCACCCCCCCAAACCGCUGUCUGGGACCCCCUGCUU